GUGACAACUUGACACUUUCUUGUCAAACUGGGUGACUGGGAGGCAGUUUUAUGUUCAGCUGCAUUAGUGACUGAAAACUGUGAAGAUGCGAUUAUGCACAUUUCUGGCUUUGGCUUUGGCUUUUUGCCCAGCAUCAUCUAUGCCUCCACCAGAUACGUCUGACAUUAAUGAGGAUCGGAAGGAUAUUCCAGAUAUAAACAAAGGUUUAAAUCUCAGAGAAGGAGACAUCAUGGUGCCUAAUCAAAGGAGCGCCAUUCUUGGGAAUCAGUACCGGUGGAAUAUUCCCAUCCCCUAUGAGCUGAGUGUGAAUCUCAGUAUGAACUAUAAAGGAGUCAUUUUGAGAGCCUUUGAGCAGUUCAGACUGAAAUCAUGUAUUGAGUUUAAGCCCAGAACAGCAGAAGACAUUUCUUACAUCUCUGUGGAGAGUCGUGACGGGUGUUGGUCAUAUAUCGGUCACAGAGUUGCAGGAGCUCAGACUCUUUCCAUUGGAGAUAGUUGUGGAAUAAAAGCAUUUAUUGAGCAUUUGUUUCUCCAUGCACUGGGAUUUUUGCAUGAGCACACAAGAUAUGACAGAGAUGAUUAUGUGACCAUCAACUUCAAAAACAUCAUUACAGGGUAUGAGAGCAAUUUCAAUAAAUACAGUGAGAAUCUGACCACCACCCAAGACACCCCAUACGACUACUACUCUGUGAUGCAUUAUGAUAAAGAUGCCUUAAGCAACGGUAAUGGAUCCACAAUCAUUACUAAGCGUCCUGAGUUCCAAAAUGUGAUUGGUCAACUCCUGGACAUGAGUGAAUAUGAUGUGAUUGAACUCAACAAACUCUAUAAAUGCAAUUCGUCCAUCUCUUUCCUUGAUCACUGUAGUUUUGAUAAUGAAUCUGUUCAUGAUGGAUCUGUUCAGAUGAGCGUCUGUUCUGCUGCUGAUUAUGGCUGGCAGAGAGUGAAGUCAGUGAGUGGCAUCAGUGUGACUGACCACACAUACUUGGGCAAAGAACAAAAGGGUGUGUCUUUCUUCAUGCACUUCAGCACUAAGGGUAGAAAUGAGGGGGACGCAGCCAGAAUGGAGAGCAAGAAAAUGACCCCCAAAAGAGACUGCAAAGUCCAGUGCCUGCAGUUCUACUACUAUCACAGUGGUAAUGAGUCUGACCAGCUCAACAUCUGGAUCCGAGAAUACCAGAAUGAAGCAGAUAACAGAGGAACUCUCAGACUUAUGGAUCAGAUCACAGAACCCCCUGGCAAUUACUGGAAGCUGCAUCAUGUGCCACUGAAUGCAAAUAAAACCUUCCAAGUUGUAUUUGAAGCCCGUAAAGGAGCUGGAAACUCCAGUGGAGGAUUUUCACUGGAUGAUAUCAAUAUUUCAGAGACUGAGUGUCCCCACACAUGGCAGAUAAGAAACUUUGAGAAGGUUUUGAAGUACAGUCUGCCUGGCACUUGGAUGGACAGUCCGUUUUAUUACUCCAGUGAGGGUUAUCGCUUUCAGGCUCUCUUAAUAGUGUAUCAGAAUUACCUUUCAAUAUAUGUUGGUCUGGUAUCCGGUGCAUAUGAUGACCAGUUGAAGUGGCCUUGUCCAUGGAGACAAAUAACCUUCCAGAUGCUUGACCAGAAUCCACACAUUCAGAAGCGCAUGUCCUCUGAGAAAAGCUUCACGACUGACCCUACUUUGGCUUCUUCCUAUGACAGUAAUUACUGGGACAAUCCUCGAAAUAAUGGAACUCGAGUUGUCAUUGGCAAUGAGACCGUAUAUUUGGGUAUUUUUUGGGGCUAUGAAUAUGCCAUAAUGAAAGAAGAUCUCACUAAAAGAGAGUUUAUCAAGGGUGGUGACAUCAUAUUUCUCUUCACCAUGCAAGAUAUCUCAGGGCUCCGUCAGAAGAACUCUCUACCCUGCCCUAAAGUGACAGUGAAGAACUUCAAGAUUUCAUCUGAUGCAGCUGUCAAGCAGGGACCGUGUGCUACAAGUGAUUGUCUGGGCAUAUUUUGCACUUCCAGUACUUCCUCUCUGAUCCUAUUGGUGGUUUGCUUCCGUUUGCUGGUAAAUGAAUCCUGAGAGUUUCCCAGCUCCAUGUCUGACUACAUGAAUUCAAUUUAAAAGCAACUGCAUCUGUCUUCAGCCUUCUGGUAUAUCAUACUGUUAAACCUAUAUUUGAAUCGAAUUAGAUGCUUACACAGAAUACAUGGUUAUCUGUAAUGAAGCAAAACAUGUAAAUUUUAGUCUACUGAUUUCCAUGAUAAACUCUAUU